GUUGAAAGCUCUUGGCAGGAACACUGUUGCGAGGUCAGCCCCACAACGGAAUAUGUGCGCGGCUUGCAUCGGGACCUGUCAACUACGCCGACGACGUCAACAAUUGUGAGUCUACGAUACGAUAUACAACCACAUUUCGGAGGCAAUUGGCUCUCUUCAAGCGUAAUAUAUCUUCUACAAGAAGUGUCAAGACCAUGGCUUCUACGUGGGUGCCAGACGUCUCGCCCGAGAGUCCGUUUUCUCUCGCCAACAUCCCCUUCGGUAUCAUAUCCACAACUGACGACCCCGCGCCGCAUGCCGCCGUUGCAAUUGGCACGCACGUUCUUGAUCUCAAAGUCCUAUCCACAUAUGAAAGAUUCACACAACUAUUUCCCGCCUUAGUAGGUAAUGAGAAUGUUUUCUCCGAACCAACCCUCAAUGCAUUUGCAGCCUUGGGCCGGGGGGUACACCGAGAGGUGCGAAGUACCAUACAGCGCCUUCUUUCGGCUGAGACGACAGACCCAGAUAUACUGAGGGAUAACGAUGAUUUACGACAGAAGGCACUCUUGCCUCGCACAAAAGCGAAACCUCAUCUUCCCAUGAAGAUCGGGGAUUACACUGAUUUCUACGCGGGGUACCACCAUGCUUAUGCGGUUGGGACAAUGUUUCGUGGGCCGCAGAACGCCCUACAGCCGAAUUAUAUGCACCUACCCGUAGGGUAUCACGGGCGAGCUUCUAGCAUUGUGGUUUCGGGUACAUCUAUUCGGCGUCCAAACGGGCAGAUUCUGCUCGACCCAACGGCAGAGCCCAAGCAGCCUAUUACAGGGCCGAGCAGGCGGCUAGAUAUGGAGCUCGAAUUGGGCUGCAUUAUCGCAACACCAAACCGGAUGGGAUCGCCCAUCAAGGUCGCCGAAGCUGAGGAUCACAUUUUCGGCUACGUUCUUCUGAACGACUGGAGCGCGCGCGACAUACAAUCGUGGGAAUACGUUCCGUUGGGCCCAUUCAACAGCAAGAACUUCGCCUCGACUAUCAGCCCCUGGGUAGUCUUGGCCGACGCCCUCGAACCAUUUCGGACGAAGCCAAUCGAGAACCAGACGACGAUACAAGAUUAUCUAAAGGAAGGGAGAGAAGACACCGUCUUCGCCAUUGACCUAGAGGUCGAUAUUCGGACACCGGAGGGAGACAUAACGACGAUUUCCCAGACAAACUCAAAGCAUCUGAUGUGGUCGUUCCCACAGAUGAUAGCUCAUCACUCCCUGGGCGGCUGUCCAUUGAACACUGGCGACCUGCUUGGCUCAGGCACCAUUAGCGGGCCGAGUCUCCGAGAAAGCGGUAGUCUCCUGGAGCUGAGCAAAGGAGGCAAGGAAAACAUCAUGCUCUACGGCAUGGAUGUUCGCCGGUUCUUGAAAGAUGGCGAUAUCAUUAUAAUCCGAGGAAGCUGUGGGCAGCCGGGGCAGAAGGUCGGCUUUGGAGAUUGUUGGGGACGAAUUGAAACAGCUUUGCCUCUGUGAUGAGAUGAUGUGUAGAUAGGAGCAUCAUCUGCGGAGGUAUUACCUUUCCACCACAGACAAGAUAUUCUCAUGGAUAUUCUUCGUGAAUCUCCAAGCAGUACAGUAUGAAAUAUCUGGCUAGGCGCUGUACGCGGCUGGUAUUAUUGGUUAGCGUCAUCCAUGCUGUCCGGCACCUACCUGUUUUAGCCAGGU